CACAGCAAUGCCAAAUGUGUAUAAAUGUAUAAAACUGAGGAGUGAUUGCUCAAGACCUUCCCUGCAAUGGUACACUCGAGCUCAAAACAAGAUGAGAAGACCCACCUUAUUGUUAAGAAACAUUCUCAAAUGUACAUUGCUUGUGUUUGGAGUGUGGAUCCUUUACAUCCUCAAGUUAAAUUACACAACUGAAGAAUGUGACAUGAAAAAAAUGCAUUAUGUGGAUCCGGACCGUGUGAAGAGAGCUCAGAGAUAUGCACAGCAAGUCUUGCAAAAGGAAUGCCGCCCCAAGUUUGUGAAGCAGUCCAUGGUACGUUUGUUUGGGCACAGGUACAGUGUGGACUUGGUGCCUUUUGUGAAGCAGACCGCCAAAGUGAAUGACGUGGAGUACAAAUAUGACCCUCCUUUUGGAUUUCGGAAGUUCUCCAGCAAAGUCCAGAGCCUCCUGGAAAUCUUGCCCGAACACAACUUUCCCGAUCACCUGAAAGCCAAGAGUUGUAGGCGUUGUGUGGUUAUCGGAAGCGGUGGAAUACUUAACGGGCUAGCACUGGGCCAUGCCCUGAACCAGUUUGAUGUUGUGAUCAGGUUAAACAGUGCACCAGUUCAGGGAUACUCAGAGCAUGUUGGAAAUAAAACUACUAUAAGGAUGACUUACCCAGAGGGUGCACCACUGUCUGACCUUGAAUAUUAUUCCAAUGACUUGUUUGUUGCUGUUUUAUUUAAGAGUGUUGACUUCAACUGGCUUCAAGCAAUGAUAAAGAAUGAAACCCUGCCAUUUUGGGUGCGACUGUUCUUUUGGAAGCAAGUGGCGGAAAAAAUUCCACUGCAUCCCAAACACUUUAGGAUUUUGAAUCCGGUUAUUAUCAAAGAGACUGCCUUUGACAUCCUUCAAUACUUGGAGCCACAGUCAAGGUUCUGGGGCCGAGAUAAGAAUGUCCCUACAAUUGGUGUCAUUGCUGUCGUUUUAGCCACACACCUGUGCGAUGAAGUCAGUUUGGCAGGUUUUGGAUAUGACCUCAGUCAACCCAGAACACCUUUGCACUACUAUGACAAUCAAUGCAUGGCUGCCAUGAACUUUCAGACAAUGCAUAAUGUGACAACGGAGACCACCUUCCUCUUCAAACUGGUCAAGGAGGGCGUGGUGAAGGACCUCAGUGGUGGCAUCCACUGUGGAUUUUGA